AUGGUAUGUCAAUUUAUUGCGGAUUGGCCCGAGGGGAUUGGGAUGAGAAGUGCUGUUGGUAAAGUGUUGAAAUUGAAGGUUCUUGACGCAGCUAUACAGGAUAUGAAUAGCCUUUUAGAGUCCCCAAAAUGCCCUAAGGGUCAGGACCAUCGUCGCCACCUGCAGGUUCUGUCCUUUCUCAAUAUCCAGAGAAUGUGUCUAGAUGGGAACAAGUCAAGAACGAAACUAUCACUUUCUGUCGCUAAUACCUAUGGAAAAGGUGUCAAGCUGUCAGAAUCAAUCAUGUGCAGGGAAAGGGACUGGGUUAGAUAUAGGUUCAUUGAGCCUGGGCAUCAGGGAAAACACCAGAAAUUCAAAAAGAAGGUGGUCGAUGACCCUCAGGGAGAACUUCUUACCGGGACGCAGGAGACAGCCGUUAACGAGGGCGGGCACGCUGCUCAAUCGAAAGAAGUUUUGGCUGAAACGGAAAACGAAUAG